AUGAGGAUAUGGGAGCAGCGGGACGCGCACAGCUCGGACAGCAGCGAGGCAGAGAGCGUGUCUCCGGCCCCCAGCCUGCCCUCCCCGCCCAUCCUGCCGCUGCAGGUCGCCCAGCAGGCUCACAGAACCACCAACUUCUUCAUCGACAACAUCCUGCGGCCAGACUUCGGCUGUAAGAAGGAGCUCGGCCUGCAGGGAGCGCGGGAAAGAGCGCACACCUCCGGCAGGCCGAGCCUUCCCGGGACUCCGUGUCAGGACUCGAACUGCAGCACAGACAGCUCCUCGUCGUCGUCGUCCUCCGCCUCCUCCGUGUCUCUCACCAGCCCCAGGAAGAGCAACAGCGGAGGAGGAGGAGGAGGGGGAGGAGCCGCCUCGGCCGCCGGCUGCACCGGGAGCAGCGGAGUGAAGGCGGAGGAGAGGACGGGCGGAGGGGAGAACACGUCCACUUCCUCUCUGUCGGUGCUGAACGGCACUGCGGCCCCCACGGCGGAGAGCCAGCCGCUGCUGUGGCCCGCGUGGGUCUACUGCACCCGGUACUCGGACAGACCAUCAUCUGGCCCAAGGACCCGGAAACUGAAAAAGUCGAAAAGUGGCAAAGAGGACAAGCGGCCGCGCACAGCGUUCACAGCGGAGCAGCUGCAGCGGCUGAAGACAGAGUUCCAGGUGAACCGCUACAUCACAGAGCAGCGAAGGCAGUCUCUGGCCCAGGAACUGAACCUGAACGAGUCCCAGAUCAAGAUCUGGUUCCAGAACAAACGCGCCAAGAUCAAGAAGGCCAGCGGCUUCAAGAACGGGCUGGCACUGCAGCUGAUGGCGCAGGGACUGUACAACCAUUCCACCACCACCAUCCAGGAGGACAAGGAGGAGAGCGACUGACCGGCACGCUACGGCACGCCAUGGAUAGGGUGGAUUCAGGGAUACUGGGACUUUCUGUCUUCUAUCCACUUUCACACUAUGAAUUUAAAGAAAAUUUCAACCCUUUAUUUCUGUCAUGGGGAAGUCGUUACCGAUCCAUUUUAGGAGAAAGGGAGUGUAUUUAUACUCUUACAAGGAAUGGCCCACACUUUAGUGGAAACCAGUCCAAAACCAUUCACUCUGGUGGCACUUAAUGACUGGGACGAGUAGUUUGAUGACUGGUUAGGGCUACUGUUAGUACACUUUUCUACCUUUGCUUUAACUGACUUUAAAUAGAACUUGAAAUCAAAAUUCAUCGCCCUCUUUUUAAUGAGGCAAGGCCAGGUUACUCUGAUGGUUAAAAAUAGACUUUAGAAGAUCCAGAUUUUACUGACCAUUUUUAUGAUUGUUGAGGGGUCUGAACACAGUAGGAGGUUAGGGACUACUAAUUUAGAGGCAACAGAGGGUUGAUCAUUUUCUUAGUCACCCAUAAUAAUUCUGCCCCAUCCUUGAGUUUCGACAGCAUAAAUACAACCUAGUUCCAACAAUGAAAACAAACAACGUUUUUAAGUUUGCUUUAAGUGAUGUCAUUACUCCUUUAUCAUAAUUAGAUUUAAUCGUGAUAUGUCCUACUGCAAUUUUCAAAUCACAAAAGGUGCAAUAUUUCUUUAAACUAAAAUUUUUAUCAAGGAACCAGUUAAAUGUUUUGUUUUGUUUUUUUCUUUUUUUGCUGUGGAGACGUUCAGGUCUACACAUCAUGCAAACAUUCAAGUGUCAGUUUUUAUUAGAAUAGUUGAAAAAAAAUUCCAACUUUCUCUGGUUUUGUGGAUGUCUUUCGCAGUCAAAAAAAGACUGUCAUAAAAACAAUAAUUCCCUUCAAUAUGUCAAUUCAGAAUGGAUAUAAAUUUGAGUCAAAAUAUUUGCAAUACUAUUUUUUUUAAAUUUAUGUGGCCCUAGUUUUAACUGUCUUAAAUGGUGUUGUAUUAUAUAAACUGAUUUAUUGUUUGUGUUUGUUAAAAAUACAUAAAUUAGAAGCUUGAGAAAUAAUCAUAUAUUAAAUUAACCUGACAUGCCAGAUAGACUGUUUCAUUAUCGACGUCACAGGGCAGGACGUUUUAAGAAAUUUUAGGAGGGUGAUUGGACAAACAUUCUGUCUGUCACAGUCAUUACA